CCGCCCAGCCCUUCCCUGACGCCACCCUCCACCUACUGCGCCGCCGCCCAGCCUCUCCACUGCCGACUCGUUCGACCCCCGCAGUCCUCCUGACGCCUCGCGACGGCAGAGCGCCCCCUGUUCGACCUCCAGAGUUGAAGGCCAUUUCUUGUAUUCCUCUUGCUUGAAGGCUGACCGUAGUUGGAUCAUCCUACUUCUUCUGUUCAGCAAUGGUCUACUGUACUCAUUGUGCUGAUGAUUGCCCAUUCAUAAAGGAUCCUGACAAAGGAUAUAUAUGUUGUGGGACGUGCGGGAAGGUUCUUGAUCAGGAUAUUUACACUGAUCAGCCUGAAUUUAUCAAGGAUGCUUCAGGGACGAGCCGGAUGUCUGGAAACAUUCUCAACAGCAUCGAGAGUGGAAGUUCCCUAUCCCACGAAAGAACUUUAAUGAAAGGGAGAGACGAGAUUUGGCAGAUUGUCACUAGCUUACAUGUUGGUGGUGGAGAAACUAUCAUCGAUAUGGCUCAUAAAUUUUAUACGCUAGCCGUUGACAAUAAUUUUACAAGAGGCCGUCGAACAACUCAUGUUGCAGCUGCUUGCCUUUACAUUGCCUGCCGGCAAAGUAAAAAAGCUUAUCUUCUUAUUGAUUUCUCUGACUAUUUGAAGAUAAGUGUUUAUGUCCUAGGGGCUGUUUUUCUGCAGCUUUGCCAAGUUUUGUUACUCGCAGAACAUCCAAUUGUUCAGAAGCUCAUAGAUCCCAGCCUUUUCAUCCAUCGUUUUACAGAACGUUUACUUGGGAAAAGGGAUAAUGCUGUCUCAGACACAGCUUUACGCAUUGUAGCUAGCAUGAAACGAGACUGGAUGCAGACUGGGAGGAAGCCAAGUGGAUUAUGUGGCGCAGCAUUAUAUAUCGCUGCACUUUCGCAUGGGUAUAACUAUACCAAGUCAAAUAUUGUUGCUGUCGUGCAUGUAUGUGAGGCAACGCUAACUAAGCGCUUGAUCGAGUUCGAAAAUACAGAAUCUGGUAGCUUGACGAUUGAAGAUUUUUUGGCAAAGGCUGAUGAAGAAGAACCUGUUUUAGAAUUUUCCCCCAAAUCUGGAGAAGUCCUCUGCAAGCAUAAGGAUAAAGGUGUCGAGCAUUUUGCUCAUGGACUUUGUGAGAAAUGCUACAACAAAUUUACUAAACUAUCGGGUGGACUGGAAGGUGGUGCUGACCCUCCAGCUUUCCAACGAGCUGAGAAACUAAGACUGGAAGCUGCUAAAAAGGCCGAGGAAGCUGCUGCGAUGAAUGCAGAGACAGUUUGUGAGAUAGAAAUUUCUGAUGCUGAACAUAACAUCAUGAGCCCUAUGAAGAAUUCAGUUGGAGAUAAAUCUUCCACAGUUAGUUCUGAGGACAUUGCAAAGAAUCAUGUAGCUUCAGAAGAUGCUGAAGUCGGAGGUGAAAACGGCAAAGCUGAUGCUGAUCCAGAAAAUUUUUCUGAUAUUGAUGAUGUGGAGGUUGAUGGGUAUCUUCAUAAUGAAGAGGAGACACAGUACAAAAAGAUAAUUUGGGAGGAAAUGAACAAAGAAUACCUAGAGGAACAAGCUGCAAAGGAAGCUUUAGCAGCUGAAUUAGCAGCUAGAGGUGUGCGCGUCGGAGAGGGACAGCAGAAGAAACGGAGACGCAAUGAAGACACAAAGACACCUGCUGAAACACCAGCAGAAGCGACAUAUAAUAUGUUAAAACGAAAGGGGCUUGGCUCAAAAAUCAACGUUGAUGCAGUUGGUGGAUUGUACAAUACUAAAGAUGAAGAUAGCGAGGCAAAUGAGAAAGGAGACAUGGGCUUUGAUGGGGAAUACGCACAUGACACUGGUGACGGUGAAACCUUUGAAGGUGACUAUGCUGAUUACAACAAGGAUGGCUACGCUGAUGGUGGUGAUGCUGGACCUGACAACGAUUUUGAGGAGCUUGAUUUCGAGGAGUUUGAUUUCUAAUAGGAAAAAUUCUGAGAAAGCAGCUCAACAAAAUGCACUUGGAGUUCUGGUCAACCUGAAAUUUCGGUUCUAUCCAAGCUGAAAGAAACAUUGUGACAUUCUUCGUUUGUACGAUGCCGUUUAGUAUUAAUUUUGUAGAACACACAAGGUCUGAUUAGUGAUUUACCGAUGCAAUGCAUACACAGGUCUAUCGGUGCAACAUUUGGACCAUCGGAAUCUUGUAUUCUCCUAUUCUAAGAUAGAUGCUUCACAAGAAGUGGAGUUAGUAGCACGAGCAUCAUCAAUAGGAUUUUCCUUUUCAAGCUCGAGGGAUUCAAUUUUUCGUGUGAGAAGGAAAUUAGUAUGCUUCUCAUUGUUCAACUCAUGCUUGAGGAGAUUGAAUCUCAUUCUCCCA